AUGGUGGACAAGCAGCCCUGCGCAGACCCCACAGUUGCUGCUGCAUGCACUUGCCAGGACUUUGCUGCUGCUGCUGCAUGCCCCCUCAACGCUGCAUGCGACGACUCAGUCCCCAAUAGUGUGGCUUGCAAGUGCAGCGGCACUUUCAAAAGACUUUCUGUCUCCGACAAAACCUUCUGCGAACUCGGGACCACCUCCAUGAGCUCCACGGUUUCUUCAAUUUUCGAUGAUUCCACUUCGCCUUCCCUUUUAAUUUUGUGGAUCAUUUUGGGGGUUUUUGGCUCCGUCGCUGUCAUUGGCUGCAUCAUCCUCGUUUGCGUCAAGGAAAGACCCCAAAGAGAAGAAGAUCUUCUUAAUGCCACUAUAAACCCUCAAACAGGGGAUAUUGGGGGCCCCGCAAACCCUAGCAUGUACUGGAGCGCCUCCCCGUCGCUGCCGGGGGGGCCCCUCCCGAUGGGGCCCAGGGGGGCCCCCAUGGCACCCCAGGGCCCCUACCCCACUGCAGCCGGGGGAAGGGCUAUGCCUCUCCAGGGGGCCCCCCAGCAAGGGCCAGGCGCUGCUCCCUUCAGGAGGUCUUGA